AUUUUGCAUUUGAGCUUAAAGCCAAUUAAAAUCAAUUCAGAUUAAUUGCAUUUGGAAGCUGGCACAAUCGAGUGAAUAUUCCUCAACACAAAUUGGGCACAACAACAACAAAAAAUAAAAUAAAGAAAGCAUGAUCAGACGACGAAGUACAAUCAACAGCAUGAGCUGUACAACCAGUUCCCGCUUGGGCCUAUCAGGCAUUGGGCUGCUAUUCGCGUUGCUGCAGCUGCAGAUGGCACCCAGCCAGGCUCAUGUACAUCCUGUGCUCACAUACAAGAACGCCUCCACGCAGCUCGGCCAGCUGGUUACGUCGAGCACCUUGGUUUGGGAGAGCUACGACCCCAAGGAUGCCAAGCAGAUGCAGUCAGCCGUCGAGGGCGGCAAAUACAUAACAGAGGAUGAGCAUUAUCCCAUCUAUGUUUGCCGUGUGACCAUCGAUGGUGUGCGCACCUCUGGUCACACCGAGAAGGUGCAGCAGAAGCACGUGUGCGUCGCCGCGCUCCACAAGCACAACAUCAACGAGCACUUUGAUGUGCUGAUGAAUAGGGGACAUCUGGGCAAGAUCGCUUGGAAGCACUGGACCAAAUUCAAUGCGGGCAUCCCCGUGGGCGCCAUACAAAUCGGCGACGAUUCCUACAUUGGACGCCAUCGCGCGGUGCAUCAUGCGAAUGCCGAGGGCGGUGAGGCGCAUCGUGGUGCCGACUACAAUCUGGGCAGACUGGAGCCACUGGGUCUGGGCAAGAUCAAGGUGGCUGAGAGCGAAGGCGAAAAGUACUACGAUGAGGGCGAGGUUCUGGUCGAAACAGAGCCCUUCAGCUACGAGCUGCGCGACAUCAAGCUGGAUCGACUGCGCACCACUCUGCGCGAGAAUAUGACCGAGCUGGCCAGCGGAAUUCUGGAGAAUCGCGGCGAAACCUACGACACCAUGGAGAAGGUGAUGAGCUACAGCUUUGACUACCUGCAGUACUGGGGCUCGCAUGAAGGCGUUGCCAAGGGUCUGCCGACCAAGAUAUAUGAGAAGAAUGGAGCCGCGCCGGCCGAAAUCAAUUGGGCGCUGAAGCGCGGCGAGAAACGCCACGAGAACAAAGCUGUCUACAGUAAACUCUGGCCAGGCACGGCCAUUAACGUGACGCUGCGCGGCAACUAUGUGACCCUGGAAGCACCCUACACCGCCAAGCUGUCGGCCUUCUACUACGACAGCGAGAGCGUUUCGCGCAAGAUCAGCGCCGAGGUGCGCAAAAGCUACUUGAAAGAUGUCAAGAUGGAGUUCAGUCCCGUCUAUUGGAUUGAGAAUGGCACCGUCGUGCCAACGACCACCACCACAUCGACCACAUCGACAACGACACAUGCGACCACCACCAGCACCAAUGAGCCGACGCCCAUACAUGAACCGCCGCUGGUGCGUGUCGAGCAUGUGGGCGUUAAGCAUUCCGGUCCGGAUUCGCUGGAGAAAACGUUAAAUGAUUCAACCUCUACCAACGAGGUCAGCUCGAAUGAGGCGCCCGAGAAUAUGUCCUCCAAGGACGCAGCGCUCGCUGGCUUCGGUAUUGGCGGCGGCAACAAUAAGGCGCCCGCCACAAUAGCCGCAACAGGACUUGCUGGAGUCGUCGGCAGCAGCAUAACGCUAAUCUUGAUGCUGUCAAAUCUGUAGAUGGGUUGGCCAGGGCCAGGUCUGUGGCAGAAGGGUCUACCCAAUUAGCAUAGCGUUUAAUUGUUGUUGUUGUACCUGUUGUACCCGUCUUUGAGAGCGUGUCGCGAGCAUAGAGAGACAGACACACAAAAGUGGAAAGAUAGACAGACAUAAUAUUUAUAGAACGCCCAAAAAAACAUUUAAAAAAUCAAAAACCGGUUAGCUUUCUGUGUGGGUGUUCAUUGGAUGUUAGAGGCGAACAAAAGUUGAUAUUUUUUAUACUUGUCCCCCAAUGCCUGCUUCUUCUUCUAUCUAUACACAAAUAUAUAUAUUGCAUACCGUAGCAAAAAGAAAUUGAAUUUUAAGAGACAAACACAAAACAUUCCUAAACUAGACCCUCACAAAAGGAAAUGAAUCAAAAGUGCAUAUAUAUA